GACAACAUUGGAGUGAGAGGAUUAGAACUGAAACUUAGUUCAUACUUACUAAAAGGGAUCAUUUUAGAUUCUAAUUUAGUAUAUACAUUAAUUUGUUAUCACUAUUAAGUUAAAAAUUGAAAAUAAAAAGGUAUUCAAACAGAAUUUAGAAUAUUUAUAUUUUUUAGCAAAAUCUAGUAAAUAAAUUUCUUUUAUAUAAUGAUUAUCACGAUUUCAAAAACUAUUUGUUUGGAAUUAGAUGAGAUCGACCAAAAUUUAUACUUAAUAAAUUUAGUGAAUGAGAUUUGCUUUGAUAAAUUCUGAUUCAGAAAUUUAAAAUUUUGGAGUAUAAUAUUUUAUUUGAAAGGCCUUUGCUUUGGUAUACUUCGGUUUGAAUCAAAUGUUUGAAGUUAUUUGAUAAAUUAAUGGAGAUUGAAAAUUUCCUGUUGUAGAUCUGAAAUUUUAAGGCAAAGUAAGUGAAUAAAUAUAAAAAAUUUAAAUAUAAUUUUAGUAAAGAAUUUUGGAGGGGUGAGAUUUGGCUCGAACUCUAGAGGGC